UGACCGGCGUGCACCAUGGCUCGCUCCGUGGCCGUGGUCUUUCUGAUGCUUGUCUCACUGGUCUGCUUGGAUGCCAUUCAGCGUCCCCCACAAGUGCAAGUCUACACCCGCCACCCCCCUGAAGAUGGUAAACCAAACUUCCUGAACUGCUAUGUGUCGCAGUUCCAUCCCCCCCACAUUGAAAUCGAGCUGCUGAAGAAUGGGGAGAAGAUGGACAAAGUGGAGCUGUCAGAUCUGUCCUUCAACAAGGACUGGUCUUUCUAUCUCUUGGCUCACAGGGAGUUUGUACCCACUGCGACUGAUAAAUACGCCUGCAGAGUUUCACACAUAACUCUGAAGGAGCCCAAGGUGGUCACCUGGGAACGAGACAUGUAAUCAAGCGUCAUGGAGAUGCUUCAUUUGGAUCAGAAGUAUUUCUCAGCUUUUAAUACGCUGUUCAGUCUAUGCACACAGCAGCAAUAGUAAUGGCACAUCAUCUUUUAUAUAACCUACUUUGAAUUUUGCAUGUUUUUCAAAAACAGAUUGAAGAGUAACAUCCUAGAUAUCUGAAAUAAUAAAGCAUCAAUGAGUAUUCUGAUCAGAAAUAAAUGAUUUUGAUAAUUUGAAUGAAAAAACCCUGCUAUUAAAUAUAAUGAAGAACAAUAGUUGAUCAUAUAUCAAACCCUCUGUACAUCUUAUUAGUUAGAUAUAGUUAUUCAUCUUUGGUCUAUCACAACAUAAAUGGGUUUUUGUUUUGUUUUGUUUUUUUAAUCUAAGAAACCUGAGACAUUUUCUUUUUGGUAAAACACACAAGUCCCAUGGGUUACUUCCUCUUUGUUAUUUUUACUCAAAAAUAAAGGAAAAAAAAAAAAGGACUUUUGCUGGA